UUUCCUCGCAGGGGCGGUGGCGGGACCAGCAGGGUGAUCUCGCGAGAGCGGGCAGUUUUAUCCCUACGUAAUGUGCCGUGCUGCUUAUGGCGGCGCUGGAGACAGUGCUGAGGGCUGUUGGGUAUGAAGUGAAACGUAACUGAUUUUACCAUCUGAAACUGCUGCUUCACGUUCAGAUCACGUAGAAAAACCUAAAUCAAGUUGCAACGACGCUCGAAGACAAGAAGAAAACAAGAAACACGCAACCAAAGAACCAAGACAGCCAGAAAGACGAGCUGAAAAACAAGACACAACGCUUGAUCUGAAACAAGAAGUGUGUGCCUACUCAACAGCUUCUAAAAAAGAAAAGCACUUCCCAACGCUGCUACUAGUCCUUAUUUCAUUCUCCGCGCUGCGCUGUGACACCUCGCCCAGUGCAGCAAGAACAGGACCCUUUGCUAGCUCCACUAGACCCCUCUCGUCCCUCUUCCACUCUCUCUCUCUCUCUCUCUCUCUCUCUCUCUCUCUCUCUCUCUCCUUGCUAUUCUGUUUUGUUUUCAUUACAGCAGUGCUAUCUGCUUCAGACCCCUGCACGUACAAGACAUAUCAUAUACCUGUAACAGGACAGGCAUUUUGAAACGCAGUGUAGAUUGCAAAGCUCCUAGGAAUAUGGCAAGCACCUGGAAGGGCUUUGUUGAGUUUACCUUGCCUGCCUCACCCCCCACUGCGUACGUUAGCACUGACCUGGGGAACACCUCUCCUGUCGGACUCGGCUUAUCGCCGUACGGACGAUCCUGCUCUGCAGUGCUGCCCCGGCUGUUUGAGAUGGAGCAGCUGUACCCCGUUCCUCCAGACCACCCUCUCCCCCCUCCUCCUCCUCCUCCUCCCCCCGCUGCCCUGCCCUCCCACCGUUCCUCCUCCAUCUCCUACCCCAGCACCUCUGCUGCUGGGCGUAAAACCCUGAAGAGAACCGCCCUCUAUCAGAGAUCUAUGAGCUUUGAUCCAAACAUGCUGCACAGCAACGGGCACUCCGGCUAUGCCAGCGACACGGCUGGGGGCCUGCGGGAGACGGGCGUCAUCGAGAAGCUGCUCAACUCCUAUGGGUUCAUCCAGUGCUCCGAGCGGCAGGCGCGCCUCUUCUUCCACUGCUCCCAGUACAACGGGAACCUGCAGGAGCUCAAGGUUGGAGAUGAUGUGGAGUUUGAGGUGUCGUCUGACAGGCGCACAGGGAAGCCCAUCGCGGUGAAGCUGGUAAAGAUUAAACCAGAGAUCCUGCCUGAGGAGAGAAUCACUGGGCAGGUGGGGCCGAUUGACACAAACUCACUCACCACUCCCCUUACUGUGCUGCAUGGUUUUAGAGAUACAGUUGUUUGUGCAAUUCCAAACCACCUGGAUGGAAAAUCCGCCCCUGGACAAGCUCCCACCGGAAGUGUGUGUUACGAACGCAAUGGGCGCUCUUCUCUGUGUGCACAGGAGGUGUUCUACCUGACCUACGCCCCCGAGGAUGUGGAGGGAAGCCUGCCGCUGGAGACCGGGGACAAGGUCACCUUCUUCAUGGAGACCAACAAACAUACCGGCGCAGUGAGUGCCCACAGCAUCAUGCUCGUUAAGAAGAAACAAGUCCGCUGCCAGGGGGUCGUCUGUGCAACCAAGGAGGCCUUUGGGUUCAUCGAGAGGGGAGAUGUGGUGAAGGAGAUCUUCUUUCACUACAGCGAGUUUAAAGGGGACCUGGAGACCUUGCAGGCAGGAGACGAUGUGGAGUUCACCAUCAAAGAGAGAAACGGUAAAGAAGUUGCCACGGAGGUGCGGCUGCUGCCACAAGGAACGGUUAUUUUCGAGGAUAUCAGUAUCGAACACUUUGAAGGAACCGUCACCAAAGUGAUCCCAAAAGUCCCCAACAAAAACCAGAACGACCCCCUCCCCGGCCGGAUCGCAGCACGGAUCUCCUUCACUGAGAAGGAGCUGUUCUUCGGAGACAAGGACACCAAGUCCAAGGUGACCCUGCUGGAGGGCGACCACGUGCAGUUCAACAUCUCCACCGACCGGAGGGACAAACUGGAGCGAGCCACCAACAUCGAGAUCCUGCCGGACACUUUCCAGUUCACCAAGGAAACCAGAGAGAUGGGCGUAAUUGCUGCGAUGAGAGACGGGUUUGGGUUCAUUAAGUGUGUGGACCGAGAUGCCAGAAUGUUCUUCCAUUUCAGUGAGAUUCUAGAGGAGAGCCAGCUGCACAUCUCGGAUGAAGUGGAGUUCACAGUCGUCCCUCAGUUUGUUCUGACCUCCCGGUCCGGCUCCCCUGUACAGGACAUGCUGUCGGCUCAGAGGAACCACGCGGUCAGGAUUAAGAAGCUGCCCAAGGGCACUGUGUCCUUCCACACUCAGUCUGAGCAGUGCUUCUUAGGGGUGGUGGAGAAGGAAGCCACUGGGGCCUCCUCUAAAGCCACCAGCCCUGCCAAGGGCAAAGAGAAGGAUGCAGAGGAGGGUGUUAUUGCAUAUGAAGACUGUGGCGUGAAGCUGACUAUUCCCUACCACACCAAGGACUUGGAGGGCUCUGCUAAUCCACAAGUUGGGGAUAAGGUUGAGUUCACGAUUUCUGAGGUGAAGCGAACGGGCCAGCAGAGCGCUGUAUCCAUCAAGAUCCUGAACCGCAGUGUCAACUCCAAGAGGCUGCUGGGAUACAUCGCAACUCUGAAGGACAACUUUGGGUUUAUAGAAACUGCGAACCACGACCAGGAGAUCUUCUUCCACUACAGUGAGCUCUGUGGGGAUUUGGAUGAUCUGGAGCUGGGGGAUUCGGUGGAGUACACCCUCUCCAAGGGCAAGGGGAACAAAGUCAGUGCUGAGAAAGUCACCAAGGUUACUGCAGUGAACGGAGCUGGCGAUGAUGUGAGCGUGACGGUGUGCCUGGGGAAGGUGGUGCGGCCCUUGCGCAGUGUGGACCCCACCCAGACAGAAUACCAGGGAGUCAUCGAGGCCAUUGAGGAAGGAGACAUGAAGGGCCAGAGCUUCUCCUUCGGGAUAGUCGGCAUGGCUCACAAGGCAGACUGCCUGCAGAAGGCGGAGACGGUGAAGUUCCAGCUGUGUAUGGUGAGCCAGACUGGGCAGAAGAUGGCCUGUAACAUCGUCCCUCUGCGCAGAGCCCCAGUGGAGUGUGUGAAAGACCAGUUCGGUUUUAUAAGCUACGAGGUUGGGGAUGGGAAGAAGCUGUUCUUCCAUGUGAAGGAGGUUCAGGACGGGGUGGAGCUGCAGGCUGGAGAUGAGGUGGAGUUCUCUGUGGUUCUGAACCAGCGGACUGGGAAGUGCAGUGCCUGCAACGUGCGUCGGGUCAGCGAGGGUCCGAAGCCUGUGUCCACCCCUCGACCGGAUCGGCUGGUGAACAGAUUGAAGAGCAUCACUCUGGACGACUCGAGCGCCCCUCGCCUGGUCAUCCUGCGCCAGCCCAAAGGACCCGACAACUCCAAGGGCUUCAGUGUUGAAAGGAAGAUCCGUCAAGCUGGUGUCAUCGACUGACCUCGCAGAGCGGAGAAGUUUUAAUCCUGUGACGCGCCGGUGUGGAGUACGGUUCUGGAAGUGGGGUAGAGCAGCGCACCCACCCAUCCCCCACCCAGUCCCAUUCCAUCCCCCACCGUCCUCCUGCAAACCCAGUCAUAACAGUGCGGAAGCAUCCACCUGCCUGCUCUCCUGAAAACCAAACAGAAAGCCCAGGAGCAGCUUGGGACCUUCAUAGUCUUGCAUAAUCGGUUUUUUUUUUUUGUUUUGUUUCUUUUGAGAGGGGGAAAAAAAAAAUCAGUGGCAUUGAAGAGCGGUGCUAAUUUUACUGCCAGACGAUUUCUCUUUGGUUUAGCUUAAAGCUAUGCGUCUGGUAUGUUGCCUUCUGGAAUUCUGCACCUUUUAAACGGUGUGCUUUUAAAAAGAGAGGGUUGGGGGGGCUAUGUUGUUUCUCUGGGGAAACUUCGCCGUACACAAUCCUCCGCUUUUUAGUAAAGAGCGGUUUUAACACUUUCGUGAUCGAGCCAGGCAAAAUAUAUCAUGGCGUCCUGAAAUCCCAGCUCUGAUUCAGUCCUAUUAAAGGUGAAGCUUUUUGGGGAUAAUGGACUUGAGUACGAGAGGCACUGGCACCUUCUGCUGCGAAAGGUACAGCUCUCUGACGUCGAGUUAUCCCACUCCCCCACAAUCAAGAACCAAGUGCUUCCAGGUGCAGAAUUUCACAUGGGGUCCCUGUGCCAUUUGCAUAACUUUUUUUUUUCUUUGUUUGCACAUACUUGAUGUUUUUACAGCUUUGCUUUCUGUGUAAGCCCUUGUUUCUGCUAAUUAAAAAAAAAAAACAAAAAAAAAA